AGGAAAUUUAAUAGAGUAAUGACUUAAUGUGUACAAUCUUGUGAUUACUUUUUAAGUGAACAUAAUGGCUUUUGGAAGUACUUUAUCAUGCACUGUGCAAAAGUAUUUGAAUCUCCAUUCAUUUAGUGCACCCGAACCGUUCUCUACCCACAACAAGUCAGAGAGGAGUCAUCAAGUUAUCAGUGAUAAGUUAUCUCUAAAGAAUUGCAAAUUGGAAGAAUCAGAAGACUUGUGCAACGUCGCGUUCCCUGUCUAUAUUAACGAGUACGGAAGACAUCUGAAUUUUAUUGCAUCCGUUAUUAAAAAUCAACCUUCUAAACAAAGCGCGUAUGUCUGAAUAUGUCCAGACAGUAAACCCUCUCAAAGUGACUUUUAAAAGAAUCUCUUUGUUUACUUUUUUUAUAAUUCCUGUUUCAGACCAACAUGAACCUGAUGUAAUAUCCUAUUUUCUUUUGACUAAAUGUUUUAAAGAUAGAUACUUAGAGGAAUUCGACUUGAUGAGACUGUUUCCAGCCUUACUACGCAAAUGAUAGAUUAUUUUGACCUUAUAGUAUUUCACCAACAUAUUAUUCCUCUACAGAAAUAAUCAUGUUCCAAAAACCAGAAUCGCCAAUUAAAACUUAGGAAAUAAAUUGUUUUUAGAAGUAUGAUUGAUUCUAUCGACUUGAUUUUCAGUUAUUUUUUCUUGCAUGUACGUCAUUUAUAUCUUUAUAUUAAAUUGUUACUUUAUAUUUCUCUUACUGUGAUUUUUCGCCUAUCGUUAAAGCUUCACAUCUACUACGUGCAACAUAAUAGUUCAACGCAAAACAAAGCUGAUGUGGAAUGGUGUGAAGUUUAAUCAGUUUUAAUAAGUCGCGAAAGAUUUAUGUAUCGUGAUAAUAUAAAGCAGUAUUUUAUAGGAUGCUACAAACCAGUAAAAUAGGAAAGAAAAGUAAAUUAAUUUUCGUUGUAAUUAAGUCUUUAACAACACCGAUUUCACACUGCGUUUUGAAAUUCGUCCAGGUUGUUUAUUGAUACUCAUGAUCUGAAUAUUUGAAUGAUCAUAUGUCCAUUUAUAUAACUGUUAUCUGCAGACAACUAAGUUUGAGAGUUCAAAAUAGUUAUAAUUGAACAUAUGGUAUAAAACCAUUCUCAAAAAUGCCAGUCUAGAAGACUGAAUAAAUAUUUUAUCAAAGUAAGUAUCCACAAAUUUCACCGUGAUCACAUCCAGGAAAAUUUAAUUGCGUGACCAGCUGUUAUCGUAAGCCAGUAAACAUCGGCCAGUCAAACAAUUUUGUUUUAAGGACAUCCUUUCCGCCUAAAUCACUUUUUUAUUCACUCCGUUUUAUAAAAUAGCUAAUGAGUUCCAAUUAUUGACUCGAUGACUUACAGACAAUGACAUAGACAUAGGCUUGAUCAAAGAAUUCGUUUUAUUGUUGCACAGACCUGUGAACGAAGUAGUUAGCUGUUACCCACGUUUUGAAGUUUGGAAUUUGUAGUUUUGAAAAAUAAACGGAUCUUAUUUAUAUAAACUUACUUUACUUUGUGUUAGAUAACUUUCUGUUAGUUUCUAUAACAACUUACAUGUACCUUUUAUUGAUUAUACGUUUAUUGUUUUCAGCAUUUUCAUAUUUACUCGAUCACAAAAUUCAGACUUGAAUCAAACAGGUCUGAUAUUACGUGAUAUAAUUCUGUUGAACGAUGAAUUCAGUUGUGAGGUAGAUGAACCAGAUCAUGUAUAUGUAACUGGUAGACGAUGGUUAUUCAAUCAUAAUCAUCAUAAUAAUUUAUUAAUACAUGAAAAUUUGAAUCCUAUAAAUAAAAGUCAACAUAAUGUAUCAUUAAAGAAUAAUCAUAAUAUAAAUUAUAAUAAUGAAUCUAUUUUGAUUGGUCAUAUGGAUUCAUUAAAACAUUUUAAUGAUAAUCAAAUGAAAGUAGACAAUGGGAAAUCACAAUGUCGUAUAAAUAAUACUUAUGGAUCAUCACAAUUUACAAGUUUAUUAUUAGAAUUUUUCAAUAUUGAUGAUACAUUAGAAUUUUAUGAAUUGCUUAUUCAAUAUUCAAUGAAACAAUCAAAUUGUUUAUCUGUACCAGAAUUAGCAGUUAUGUCAAAGAAUCAAAUACAUUUCUAUUUAAAUGAUGAUAUAAUAUCAUUAUCUAAUAAUUUACAACAACAAUUUAAUUGGUUAAAUAAAUAUCUAGACAAAGAUUCAUUCGAAUUGGCUCCAAACGUACAGGAUUCUAGCAGUUUACUUGUUUCUGAUUCAAGUAGUAUCAAUGAAAAUAAAUAUGAUUAUUUGAAACCUGCAUCUACAUGUGUCAAAACAAAUAGUUGCCCAAGUUUAGACAAUUCUAAAUUAUCUGCUCAAAGCAAAUAUACUAAAGUAAAGAGAAAAGUGCCUAAACGAAUAGUUAAAAUACGUCGUUGUCAAUCUUCUAUAUCCCCGCCGUCAAUAAAAAAACUGGAAUCAAAGCCUCCAAAACCGAUGAAAAAGAAUUCAUUAGCUGUAUCACAAAACAAUUUGAAUUACUCCUCAGACAGUUUAGCAGAAACAGGUUUGACUUCACCACGUAGUUUUUCCGAUCUACGUUUCACAAAUGAUUCAUGGAAUAAAUGUAGAUAUACUAAACCAAAGAAUAAUAUUCUGUCGAAUUCAACUAUUAAUUAUCCCAAAAAUAAAAAGAUUAGUAUAUUUAUUGGAACAUGGAAUGUGAACGGUCGUAAUGGUAGUAAUUUAAAUUUAGAUGACUGGCUUAUACCUCCGGAAGGUCAACCACCAGCUGAUAUGUAUGUUCUUGGACUACAAGAAUUGGAUUUAAGACUUAAAGUAAUUACUCUCAAUAAGACUAGUUCAUCAGGACCAGAGGAUGUAUGGAUUCAACAAAUAGAAGAAGCGUUAGGUGGUUUGUUGAAACCACCUAGUUCUAAGUGUAAUGUAGUUUGUCAAAAUGAAAUUGAAUCAACUAAAAGUUUUGCAGCUCAUUGGUUUCAGUACACCGGUGGAGGCUAUAUACGCAUUAGACGUGUUCGUCUAGCUGGUAUCAUGAUGAUCGUGUAUAUCUCAGCCAAAUUAUCCAUUCAUUUGCGUCAUGAUGAAAUCUCUCAACAUAUUGUUCCAACUGGUGUUUUAAAUGUAAUGGGUAAUAAAGGUGGUGUAUGUCUUAGACUAACUAUAUUUAAUACUUCGUUAUGUUUUGUAAAUUGUCAUUUGGCUGCUGGCAAAGAAAAAAUUGGUCGUCGUAAUCAAGAUUUCAAAGAAAUUGUACGUAAAAUGUCAUUAUUAUUCCCCAUAAAUCCAAAGCGUUUUCCAUUUCCUACGAAAAAAUCUUAUUUUUCAAUACAUGAUGUAAUUUUUGUAUUUGGAGAUUUGAAUUAUCGAAUAACCGGUUUGGAUUCAGAUAAUGUCAGGAGAUUAAUUCGGCAAAACAAUUACGUCAGUCUACUUAAGAAUGACGAGUUAUCAAAUGAAAUGAACAGUAGAAAGAUAUUUCAAGGUUUUCGAGAACAUAAAAUUACUUUCCCGCCAACAUAUAAAUUCGAUAUUAAUUAUCAGACAUAUGAUUCAAGUGAAAAAUAUCGUAUUCCUGCCUAUUGUGAUCGAAUUAUUUGGUUUGGUCGAGGUUGUACACCAAUUGUUUACAGAUCACAUCCAAAUUAUAUAUGCAGUGACCAUAAACCUAUAUCAGGUUAUUUUUUAGUUGAAAUAUAAUAGGUAUGUAUUUCAACGUUAACAUUUUAAAAAAAACAAAACUGUUUUGCAGUGAGUUGUUGUUUCUUUUU